AUGGGUGGUAGCGGUGAUCAGUGGCGGCUAGUGGCGGUGGCAGUGAUGGGUGGCGGUGGUCGGUGGGUGACGGGUGUUAGCGAUGGUAGCGGCGAUGGUCGGGGUUGGCGGUGGUCUGCGGUGGCAAGUGGGAGCAAUGGUGGUGGCGGCGACGAUGGGUGGUGGUGGUCGACAGUAGCGGGUGGUGGGCGCGGAGGAUGGUGGCGGUGGUCGGCGGAGGGUGGCGGUGUUCGGUGGUUGCGGGUGGCGGCGAUGGGGGUGUCGACGACGACGGUGGGUGGUGGUGGUCGACGAUAG